AUGGCCACAGAAGACGAUAACUUCGAUAUUGACAUCUAUGGAGAUGGAACCGAGCAAGGUGAUUUCAAGCAGGAGGACCCUGACCUGAUCCUAGACUCAGAUGCGACGCCGCAGCCCCAUGACAGUACCAAAGAGACGUCCGCAGCGCCGCCUGUAGCGCCGCCUGCUGACAACGCCAACAAUAACGUCAACAACAACAACACCAACAAUACCAACAACAACACCAACAACGUCUCCAACUCCUCCAACUCAGCGAACGGGGAUCACGCAAUGGCUAUCAACGCAAACCCCGGCUCCGAGGCCUCUGCUCCUCAUGGUGUUAAGCGUAAGGAGUACGAUGACCGCCAAUCGGACCCGGAUGCUACUACGGCAUUGCUUAUUUCCGACAUUUUCUGGUGGACCACAGAUGAUGACAUUCGAGGCUGGAUCGCCCAGGCAAACAGUGAGGAUGACCUUAAGGACGUGACCUUCAGCGAGCACAAGGUCAACGGCAAGAGCAAAGGACAAGCUUUCGUCGAGUUUACUACUCCCCAAGCUGCAACGGCCACCAAGCGCGUUGUCGAAGCCAUCGAGGACAUGACAAGCGGCACCCUUCGCAAGUUCGUGGUCACCUACACGAACCCACACCAAAAUCCGUUCCGCACACUGCCGAAAGAUGCCCCGAUGCGCAAGGAAAACAACCGCGGAGGCAUGGCCGGUGGUUUCAACUCCGGAGGUCACCAGAACUACAACAGCAACAACAACAUGGGUGGAGGCUUCCGCGGCCGUGGCGGUUUCAACCGUGGCAUGGGUGGAAACUUCAACAACCGCGGCAACUUCAAUAACAUGGGAGGCUUCCAAGGCGGCGGUGGCCCUAACAUGAUGGGCGGCGGCUUCCAGGGCGGCCCCAUGGGCAUGCAGAACUACGGGGGGUUUCAACCGAGGCGGCAUGAUGGGUGGCAUGCGCGGUGGUCCCGGUGGAAUGCGCGGAGGCCGUGGGAACAUGAUGGGGAUGCCUAUGCCUAUGAACAACAUGGGGAUGAAUCCAAUGGGUCAGAUGAUGGGUAA